AUGAUUUAUAAAUAUAUCUCCCAUACACCUCCACCUAACAUCAAAAUAUCAAAUCAUCAUAGGUUUUACUCUUUCUCUCUAGCUCUCUCGUGCUUCCCAAAAGAUGGUGAGAAAUUCAUCAUCCCUUUGUUUGCUUUAUCUAACCAGCAAAAUGUCGAGUGUCCAACCUUCAAGCUUCUCAUUGUUGGUGAUGCGAGAACCGGGAAAACCACCUUGGUCAAGAGGCAUCUGACUGGUGAAUUUGAGCAGAACUAUGAACCUACUGUCGGUGUGGAGGUUCAGCCUUUAGAUUUCUUCACUAACCGUGGCAAGAUCCGUUUUGAAUGCUGGGAUACUGCUGGACAAGAGAAAUAUCGUGGUCUUAAGGAUGCACACUAUAGUAACGUCCAAGGUCAAUGUGCGAUAAUCAUGUUUGAUGUCAGAUCACGGAUCACAUACUAUAACGUUGAUACAUGGUACCGUGAUCUCCGAAGGGCGUGUGGAAACAUCCCCAUUGUUCUGUGUGGUAACAAAGUUGAAGGGCCCCAUAGAGAAAUCAAGGCGAAGCAAAUUGAGUUCCACAGGCAUAAGGGUCUGCAGUACUAUGAGAUAUCUACAAAGAACAAUAGCGAUUUUGAGAAACCCUUUUUGUAUCUUGCUAGAAGACUUGCUGGAGAUGAAAAGCUUUGCUUUGUGGAGUCACCAGCACUUGCUCCACCAGAACCGCACAUUGACUUUGACAUUGAUGCUCAGAACAUGAUUGAAGCUGAGCUCGUAAAAGCGGCAAGUCAGCCAGUCCCUGAUGAUGAUGAGUCCCUGCCCUUUCAAUAUAAAAGACAAAGAGUGUCAAAAGAGCAAACUAUUGGUGUGCAGUCCCACAUAACAAUUCUAGCUGGAUUUGGUGCUCCCUUUCUGAAGCUGAAACCAUUGGUCAGAGACUUCAUGGGUCCAAAUGGUUCUCUUCAGCUAGGUAUUCCUAUGGAUGCUGUGGUUGCAGACGCUUGCACUAGUCAAAGGAUGUAG